GCCUUGGGGCAGGUGUUUUGUCGGCUGGUUGGUCAGCAGUAUCCGGGCCGGCGGCCGUCGUCACGGCGCCAUGGGAGCGGAGAAACAGCUGCUGUCUGUGAAGGAGGCUUUUAGGCUGGCGCAGCAGCCGCAUCAGAACCCGGCGAAGCUGGUGGUGGCGCUGAGCCGCACCUAUGGCUCGAUGGAUGACAAAAUAGUUUUUCAGGAGGAAUUUGUUCAUUACCUUAAGUAUGCUAUGGUGGUCUAUAAACGUGAACCUGCUGUGGAAAGAGUCAUAGAAUUUGCAGCAAAGUUUGUUACUUCAUUUCACCAAUCUGAUAAUGAAGAUGAGGAAGAAGAACAAGAUGGUGGCAUUUUAAAUUACCUGUUUACUUUUCUUUUGAAGUCUCAUGAAGCAAACAGCAAUGCAGUCAGAUUUAGAGUGUGCCAGCUUGUAAACAAGCUUCUGGGAAGUAUGCCAGAAAAUGCCCAGAUUGACGACGAUUUGUUUGAUGAAAUCAAUGAAGCCAUGCUUAUUAGACUCAAAGAUAAGAUUCCAAAUGUGAGGAUACAGGCAGUUCUGGCUCUUUCUCGACUCCAGGAUCCCAAGAAUGAUGAAUGCCCAGUGAUUAAUGCAUAUGUUACUUUGAUUGAAAAUGAUUCAAAUCCAGAAGUUAGGCGAGCAGUAUUGUCAUGUAUUGCACCAUCAGCGAAGACUUUGCCACAAAUUGUAGGACGCAUCAAGGAUGUAAAGGAGGCUGUCAGAAAGCUGGCUUAUCAGGUGUUAGCUGAAAAGGUUCAUAUGAGAGCUAUGUCCAUUGCUCAAAGAGUAAUGCUCCUUCAACAAGGCCUAAAUGACAGAUCAGGUGCUGUGAAACAAGCAGCGCAGAAGCAUCUUCUCCAAGGCUGGCUACGUUUCACUGAAGGAAAUAUUUUGGAGUUGCUUCAUCGGUUGGAUGUGGAGAAUUCUUCUGAUGUGGCUGUCUCUGUUCUUAAUGCCUUAUUUUCAGUUACUCCUCUCAAUGAACUGGUGGGAGUCUGUAAAAACAAUGAAGACAGGAAAUUGAUUCCAGUGGAAGCAUUAACUCCUGAAAUUUCCUUGUACUGGCGUGUCCUUUGUGAAUAUUUGAAAUCAAAAGGAGAUGAAGGUGAAGAAUUUUUAGAGCAAAUUUUGCCAGAGCCUGUAGUAUAUGCAGAGUAUUUACUGAGUUACAUUCAGAGCAUUCCAGCAGUUAAUGAAGAACAGAGAAGUGAUUUUUCCUACAUUGGAAAUUUGAUGACAAGAGAGUUUAUAGGUCAGCAAUUGAUUCUUAUCAUCAAAUCUUUGGAUACCAGUGAAGAAGGGGGACGGAAAAGACUGCUGACUAUUUUGCAGGAGGCUCUUAUUCUGCCUACAACCCCUGUAUCCCUGUUUUCUUUUCUUGUUGAGAGGCUGCUUCAAAUCAUUAUAGAUGAUAAUAAAAGGAUACAAAUUGUUACAGAAACUAUUUCAGAGAUUCAUGCGCCCAUUGUUAAUGUUGGUGUUGAUCCAUCUGUGUCAAGAAAGAAAGAACUCAAGAUAGCUGAAAUAAAAGUUAAACUUAUUGAAGCAAAAGAAGCCUUGGAAAAUUGCAUUGCUAUACAAGAUUUUAAUCAGGCCUCAAAAUUAAAAGAUGAAAUACAAACAUUGGAAGAUGCCAGAAUAAACCUCUUAAAAGAGACAGAGCAACUUGAAAUUAAGGAAGUCCACAUAGAGAAGAAUGAUGCUGAAACAUUGCAGAAGUGUCUGAUUUUAUGCUAUGAACUGUUGAAGCAAAUGUCCAUUUCAGUUGGUAUCAGCGCUUCCAUGAAUGGCAUCGUUGAAUCUUUGGUUCUCCCUGGAAUAAUAAGUGUUCAUCCUAUAGUAAGAAAUUUGGCUGUUUUGUGUUUGGGAUGCUGUGGACUACAGAAUCAGGAUUUUGCAAGUAAACACUUUGUGUUGCUCUUGCAGGUCUUGCAAAUAGAUGAUGUCAUAGUAAAAAUAAGUGCCUUAAAGUGUAUCUUUGAUCAACUGAUGAUGUUCGGAAUCGAACCGUUUAAAACUAAAAGCUUGAAGGCCCUUCAGUGUGAUGGUGCAGAAAUAAAUAUAGGCGAUGAGCAAGAAGCAGCAGAUGUUGAAGAGACGGCUACUGCUAAGAAUGUUCUGAAGCUGCUGUCGGACUUUUUGGACAGUGAGGUGUCUGAACUAAGGACAGGAGCUGCAGAAGGGCUAGCCAAGCUGAUGUUCUCUGGGCUUUUGGCCAGCAGCAGGAUCCUUGCUCGUCUUGUUUUGUUGUGGUACAAUCCUGUGACUGAAGAGGAUGUUCGACUUCGGCAUUGUCUAGGCGUGUUUUUCCCCAUAUUUGCGUAUGCAAGCAGGGCUAAUCAGGAAUGCUUUGAAGAAGCCUUUAUUCCAAUUCUACAAACACUGGCAAAUGCCCCUGCAUCAUCUCCUUUAGCUGAAGUAGAUAUCACGAAUGUUGCUGAGUUGCUUGUAGAUUUGACAAGACCAAGUGGAUUAAAUCCUCAAGCUAAGGAUACCCAAGAUUAUCAGGCCUUAACAGUACAUGACAACUUGGCCAUAAAAAUUUGUAAUGAGAUUUUAACAAGUCCAUGCUCACCAGAAAUAAGGGUUUAUAUUAAGGCUUUGAAUUCUUUAGAACUCAGUAGCAACAUUUCAAAAGACCUACUUGUUUUGUUGGAUGAGAUUCUUGAGCAAGUAAAAGACAGGACCUGUCUGAGAGCUUUGGAGAAAAUGAAGAACCAGUUAGGAAAAGGAAAUAAACACUUUGAUGACCAACCUGUAAUAGCACAGGGAGCAAACACUUUUAUGAAUGAAGAAGAAGAGCAUAAAGAAGAAUAUAUGACUCCUCUAAGGGAUGUAAAAAAAACUCAAGCUUCCAGAUCCACUCAGCAAAAAACUAACAGAGGACGGAGAAAAGUACCAGCUUCUGCUAGGGCUGACAGGAGACAUCAAGCUGCUGAGGCUAACUCUGAAAGUGACCUUGAUGCUCCAGAAUCUGAAAGGAAGAUGAGAUUACCACGGCGAGCCAAAACUGCAGCCCUAGAGAAAACUAAACUUAACCUCACACAACUUAUCAAUGAAGAUAUAAGUUAAAAGAGAUAGUGGAGGUGAAGUCAUCAUUGUGCUCAUUACUUUAAUAAAGCUUUUCUUGUAUUAAAACCAGAA